GUGUCUAACGGAAACUAAGGUAUAGAGAAGAGGAUAUUGGUGCUGUUACUUGGUUUUCGGUUUCGAUCAUAGUUUUUGAUUAAAGUAGAAAUACUUUAACAAGUUCAUUUCAGGAGUGGAUUUUUGGAUUUCAAGAGUUGCUCACAGUUUUUAGAUUUCUUCAAUUGAAAAUCUUGUCGUUGUCCGAACUAAAACCAGCAGUUACAAAAAUGGCGUACCCACUAAUUACUGACUAUCAACUUUGGAUGGGAAAUCUGGAAUCGUACAUGAAUGAAACAUUUAUCAAAGCGGCCUUUCGUAAGGUUAAUGAAAAUCCAAAGUUUGUUAAUAUAAUUCGUGAUCGUCAAAGUGGUCAAAGUGCUGGAUACUGUUUUAUUAGGUUCAAAGAUGAUCAAACCGCUUGGAAUGCAAUGAAUAAACUUAACGGAAAAUUAAUUCCGAACACCGAUCCACCCGUUCGUUUCAGACUCAACUUUGCAUUGCACGGUGAGAAAAAUCACGAACCUGUAUGUAGUAUUUGGGUUGGGUCUUUAUCUUCUGACAUUAGUCGGUACCAACUGUAUCGAGUAUUUUCCAAACGGUUCGCUUCCGCAAAAAAUGCUUGUGUGAUUUAUGAUAGGAAUGGAAUACAUAUGGGCUAUGGCUUCGUAGAGUUUGGGUCGGAAGAAGAUGCAUUUGCAUCCGUUGAAGAAAUGGACGGGUAUGAUGGUCUUGGAACCAGGGUUUUAAAAGUCCGUAUUUCUACUAAAAACAAAAAAGUUAAAUUGCGUUAUAAUAAAAAUGAUCAAAAUAAUGCUGUUCAAAAUAUUGAGUCAAAAACAAUUGCUUUGCCCAAGCGUAAGAAUUAUCAGCUAUAUCAACAACCACAACAAUAUAAUCCUCAACUUCACUACAAUAUGUAUCAGCAGAAUCCCAUGAUGAUGAACAAUGUACAGUACGCUGUGCCUUAUGUCUUAAGUCCCGCUCCAGUUGCUAUCCCUGUUAUUCAGGUACAACAAAAUCCUUCAUACCUACAACAACCAGGUAUUCAAUACGUUGCCAUGCAAUAGCUUGAAGGGAAGGAGCUGAAUAAAUAAGUAAAGACCGAUGUUAAUUAGCCUGUUUACCUGGAUUGAUUCAUAUAAUAUUUAUUUACUGUUUUACAACUUUGUAAUAAUGUUUCUUUUUAAUUUUUUUUUUUAAUUAUUUGUA